GAAAAGCCAUCUUUGCAUUGUUCGUCGUCCACCUCCUUGCUCGCCUCCGCCGCCCCCGCCGCGCGCCUCCUCCGCCGCCGCGGACUCCGGCAGCUUUAUCUCCAGAGUCCCUGAACUCUCGCUUUCUUUUUAAUCCCCCGCAUCGGAUCACCGGCGUGCCCCACCAUGUCAGACGCAGCCGUAGACGCCAGCUCCGAAACCACCACCAAGGACUUAAAAGAGAAGAAGGAAGCUGUGGAAGAGGCCGAAAAUGGAAGGGUCGCGCCUGCUAACGGGAAUGCUAAUAAGGAAAAUAGGGAGCAGGAGGAGGACAAUGAGGUAGAUGAAGAAGAGGAAGAAGGUGGGGAGGAAGAGGAGAAGGAAGAAGAAGAUGAUGAUGAGGAAGAGGAUGGAGAUGAAGAUGAGGAAGCUGAGUCAGCUAUGGGCAAGCGGGCAGCUGAAGAUGAUGAGGAUGAUGAUGUCGAUAUCAAGAAGCAGAAGACCGACGAGUAUAACUAGACAGCAAAAAAGGAAAAGUUAAACUAAAAAAAGGCCGCCGUGACCUAUUCACCCUCCACUUCCCGUCUCAGAAUCUAAACGUGGUCACCUUCGAGUAGAGAGGCCCACCCGCCCACUAUGGGCAGUGCCACCCGCAGAUGACACGCGCUCUCCACCACCCAACCCAAACCAUGAGAAUUUGCAACAGGGGAGGCAAAAAGAACCAAAACUUCCAAGGCACUGCUUUUUUUCUUAAAAGUACUUUAAAAAGGAAA